GGAGAGGCCGUUUUGAAGGGCUCCCCGGCGCAGGAAGGCAGCGGGGAGGAAAAGGGCCGGAGAUCCCCCCGCAGGAGGGGCUCCAAAGCCAGCCCAUGGUGUUCUGAGGAGGAAAGAGCCAGCCUGUGCCGGGAAGGCGGCCGGAGCUUGAGCAGGAGCUCCAACAUCAUGGUCCCAAGGCAACCUCCCGCUAGAAAGAAGCCUUUCAGGUGUUUGGAAUGUGGGAAGAGCUUCAAGAAGAGCACCCACCUAAUCCGACACCAGCACAUCCACACAGGGAAAUGGCCCUACAUGUGUAGGGAGUGUGGGAAGAGUUUCAGGGACAGGUCCGAUCUCCUCAGCCACCAGUGCAUCCACACCGGGGAACGGCCCUACACUUGUGGGGAAUGUGGGAAGAGCUUCAGGGACAGCUCCAACCUCCACACCCACCAGCGCAUCCACACUGGGGAACGACCCUUCAAGUGCUUGGAAUGUGGGAAGGGGUUUAGCACCAGCUCACAUCUCCUCAGGCAUGAGCGGACGCACACGGAUGAGAGGCCCUUCCGCUGCACCGACUGCGGGAAGGGCUUCAACCAGAACUCCACCCUCGUCAGGCACCAGCGCAUUCACACCAGGGAGAGGCCCUGCAAGUGUGGGGAGUGUGGGAAGAGCUUCGCUCAGAGCUCUACCUUGACCUCACACCAACGGACCCAUCAGUGCAGGGCUUCAGGCGUGUGGGAUUGA